AUCGGCGCCAAUAGUGACCAUGAUCUGCCUACUUCUGUAUUGAAGAAAGGCGAAAGAGGCAUUUCUCGAGGUGCAAUGGUUUCAAAGGUCCCAAUGAAGUAAGCCUCUCUCAUGGUGUGAUGGUGAUUGGUGUUUUCUUCGUCUCCUGAGAUUAAGUUUGUCUUCUUCAUCCACCACUCUUCUCUUUUGAGAGGUCAUGAAGCAAGCUAGCUGCCUGCUUAAUGCAUUCGUUUGAAACUCUUAUUUGAAACUCUAACUAUAUGGUCGGAAAAUAUCAGUGGAAGCUCGACUUCUUCUUUUUCAUCAUCAUCGCCGUCUAUGACUCUGUGGCUAUCCUCGUCAAUGCUUAACGGAGAAGUAGAACAAGCAAAGUCAACAAUAACUCAUUGAAGGAUGAAAGAGGAGCUUAGAAAGAGGAAGAUUCAAUCCUUGGGGAACAAAAGACUCUGGUGGUAGACUUCCACCUUUCAAAGGCUGAAACCCAGUUUUUGGGUUGUAAGGAAAAAAAACCAACCAACCACCCAUUCGCCAUGACAUCCCUUCCCAAUUUGCUAUUGUCAUCUUGCUCACUGGCUUUGGCUUGUCUGCUCCUUCUGCUGAACUUGUCCCCAGCCACCAAUGCCGCGAACAACGCGUAUUCAGAGCAUCGUCACCCGGUCAUCCAGCAAUUGCAGAGAAGUCCACCUUUGAACAUUACAGCCGUGACUGGAAUAUCCGUUGAUCUUCGAUGCAAGGUCAAGCUCCACGAGUGCGGGAACUUUUACAGUAUUGAGUGGUACCGUCACUUGCCAGGGAAUGUCAAUGAGCGGGUAUAUGUCUAUAGACACCAUUCUGGCAAUGCAAAGUCUGAAGGGAGUUGGGAGAACCGAGCUCGGCAUGUGUACAAUGCCAAACGACAUGCCAUGCGAGUGAGCCUCUACCCGACCCAAUUGCAGGAUGAGGCCUUUUAUAGUUGUGAGAUUACGUAUGAGGUGGACGGUCCGUGGUUCAACGACACCUGUUUGACCCCUCAAGUGACCCGAUUGAAGGUGUUGGGCAAGCCAAAGUUUCUUGCCAUCGCCUUGGAGAAUGGGACCAACGUGGAUGAGCACACUGUGAUAGGGCCUUACAACGAAGGCUCACUAUUGGUCUUGAGAUGUAGUGCCGGGGGAGGCAGGCCAAUCCCAGAGGUGACCUGGUGGAAUGGCACCCAAGAGAUCUCCAAUUCUUGGCAUUGGCGCGUGGAACACGAGAACGGGACGGGAAAUGCAAAGAGCGAAAUCAAUGUUAUGCUGAACCGCUUCAAUCAAGGUCGGAGGCUUGUGUGCUCAGCGAACAGUUCGGCCUUGGAUCAAGCCAUGAGGACAUCGGUGGUUGUCGAUAUGAAUUUGGCACCCGAGACCCUCACCAUGGUGCCUCCCACAGGGCCAAUCGUGGAAGGUGGCCGGGUCACCGUCACUUGCAUCGCCCGGGGUGCCAAACCCGCGGCAUACAUUUACUGGAACUCGGAGCCAGAACUGGAUCUUAAUGAUAUGCACGAGGAGAUCUCACAAACGGGUCAAACCUUUGAGACGCUGAAUCGACUCUCUUUUCCAGCAGAGCGCAAACUAACGAGCUUAUCGUGCUUUGCCUCCAACAGCGUUCUGGACGACAAGAAGGGCUUGCAUCUAAAGCAAGACACCACGAUUAAUGUCAAAUUUGCACCGGAAAUUGAGAGCCGAUCCUCUGUCAAUCUGCUCGAGUCUGUCCAUGGAGAGGAGAUCUCACUCGUAUGUAGAUAUCAUGCCAAUCCUAUGUUAGGAACUAAAGUGACCUGGUUCUUGAACGGCGAGCCCAUUGACUAUGAACUUCGGGGUUUCGCACAUGAAAGUGAAGAUAAUUCAGUGCUCAAAAUCACGGAAGUGGACAAAAGUGCCCAAGGAUCUUACAGUUGCUCGGCUCGGAACGAAAUUGGCCAUUCCAAACGAGUGGAACAAGCCACAGUUCUAGUCGAGGAAAAGCCACAAGUUGUGCUGACAGUAGAGCCAGAUCACCCUGUAAGUGAGCUCUUAAACGCCAACGUCACGUUGAAAUGCCAAUCCGAACGGGGUGAACAAUUUCUCGCCGUGAAAUGGUAUUUGGAUGGCGAGCUACUCAAGCAUGUGGAGAGGCCUUUGGAGUGUUUUGUCAACGAAACCAAUGAAGUGAUCGAAACAGCCGACAACACCAAGUGUCAAAUGGAUCCUUCCAAGAUCAUUCUGGUCAAUGUUCGACGCACUUUCCACGGGAACUACUCCUGUCGUGGACGAAAUCGUGCGGGUUGGGGUGGAAUGUCCUCGGCUCGGCAACUCCAAGUCAUGUAUCCUCCAACUGGAGCACGAAUGACUCAAAAGCCCUCUAUUGUGAUUAAAGGACGUCCAUUUCAAUUGAGUUGCGUUCCCGUGGAUCCUGGUUUUCCAUCAGCCGAUCGAGUGAAAUGGUACCAUAAUGGACAAGAAAUCAAAGGACAGGAAGGAUUCCUGAUUGGAAUCAAAGAAGCCAAGGCCCACUCGGCAGGAAAUUACACUUGCAAGCCCUUCAACCAAGUGGGUAUCGCGGCUGAGGUGGACAUCAAAGAAGCUAGUGCCAAUAUCGAGGUCCACAUCGCACCCAAGUUCCUUCGCAAUUUGAAACCCAUCACUGGUGCUCCAAUUGAUAAACGCUACCUUCGGUUGGUUUGUGAGGUGGAAUGCGAUCCUCAUUGCUCCAUUGUAUGGUUCCAUAAUAAUAAGCCCAUUCCCGACAAUGCCACCCACUUCCAAGUCAGGUUCCACACCCAUGCCCCGAAUCCUUCAACAAACACACUCCUCAAAGUGGAAUCCAUCCUCGAAACAGAUUUCCGAAAGUGGCCACCAGAUGGCAUUUUGCGACCCGCACGUGACAACGGGAAUUUCAGCUGUCGCUCUAGUCCUAACGAGGUUGGAGCAGGCGUGGCAAGUCACACCCAAUUCAGAGUGCACUUCCCUCCAAGAAACAUCACUUUAACUCCUAGAAAUCAAAUCAUCUCCGAGGGAACUCACCCUUCGACUCUUCAGUGCCAAUCCGAUGCCUUUCCCCCGGCAAAGUUCUUCUGGACAUUUCGUGGCGACAGUGGAGACGUUCGAACACGAGCAGGACCAAUCCUGGAUUUCAGACAUCCAAUCACUCGAGAUCAGGCUGGAUAUUACACGUGUGUGGCAGUCAAUGACAUGGGGAAGCUGAACGAUACUGUGAAAAUCGAUGUCAUUUAUCGGCCCACUUGUCGUCUGCGUAAAGACAUCACAGACAACGGCCAACUCAUCACGCUUAAGUGCAUGGUCCAGUCAUAUCCUUCCAACGUGACCUACUAUUGGUACUACGAGGACGUGCCCAUUCCUCACGCCAAUGCCGACCAUUACACAGUGCCCAAUGGAGCCUUGGGUUCCUACGCGUGUUCGGCACAGAAUAUGGCGGGUAUGUGCGAGCGAAUAGGGAUCAAAGUGGGAGACCCUGCCGCACUCCUCGUGGCGGAGAGUGACUACACGAUAGUGGCCUUUGGUGUGGGAGUGGUGGUCGUGCUUUUCAUUGUGAUCCUGGUCGGCAUCCUGGUGUGUCGUCACCACUCCGUGGGCAAAUACCCGCUCCAGAGGUCCCGCACGAAUGGCGAGGUGAACCACCAAAUAGUGCCAAAUGACAGUAAAGGUGGAGUUGAACCUCCAGGAAAUGGCGUCAGCAUGUUCACCACAACAAAAACUCACUUAGUGCCCAACCACGUGACUUUUGCCACCGUGAAUUCACCCAGUUCCUCAGGGUCACGUCGGGGUUCUAGACUCUCAAAUGGCCAUUCCGUGAAUGGCAACAGCAAUAUUGGAACCUUGACCAAGACGAGAAAGCUAAUCGACCCGAAGAGUCCCACCAUAGAGGUCCAGUUCGACGAGAUUCAAUCUGAAUCGGCGGCGGGACUUCUUAAUGGUCUUUCUCGGACUUGAGAAUUGCGUAACGUGCGUGCUCCUCGGGAACUCUGGCUAGUGUGACAGAAGGUCGUUCAGACAAAGCAGGCAACAUCCUCUACUUCCACAAUAUUAAGCAAUUGCUCAAACUAACCAGUUGCCAAAGACUGUCCAAGGAUCCAUGAAAUCCAAACUAUUUACCGGCUAGACUUUUGAGAGACAUUGUGGCAAUACGUUGUUGUUAGUAAGGAAUGGACCGUGUCCUGUGGCCACCCUGCGACUCCUCAAUGCUCCUUUUUGUUGUCCAUAAUUCAUAUGUCAGAAAUAUUCAGUUCAGUAAAUGCAAAUGACGUCAUGCAAUGGAAGAUGCAUGCAUGGGGAGUUUCAAACUAAUUAUCGAGAUGUUCUCUCAAUGACUAUAAUUAAAUGACAAAAUAUAGAGUUACGUUUUAUGCAGAAAA